AUGCAGCUAAACUAUGAUAACUUGGUCAACGUCAUAAAUGUAGCCAAUGGUUCUGAAAGGAAUUUGGACCAAAAAAGGGCCGAGUCUCAAUUGAAGUUGUGGGAGUCAGAAAGAGGGUAUCAUUAUCUAUUGCAAGAUGUGUAUUUGGCAGUCGAUUUACCAUUGCAGGUUAGAUGGUUGGCCAUCAUUUGCUUUAAAAAUGGUAUCGAUAAGUAUUGGAGAUCUUCUAGGCCAAAUGCAAUCAGCAGGGAAGAAAAGGUACAGAUAAGAAGUCGAAUAUUCCAAUUGUUGCAUGAACAAAGUGGUCAAUUGACAAUGCAGAAUGCGCAUGCGGUUGCUAGGAUGGUAAGGUUCGAUUUUCCAACGGAGUACCCGUCCUUAUUUGACGAUAUAAGUAGAAUAUUGGACGAUCUUAUCUUCAAGGAGAAUGACUUAGUGUCCGUUAACAACUUGUUGAUAAUUUUAAAUCAGAUUAUUAAAACCCUAGCACUGAUUCGCAUUGGAAGAGCGAAACAUGCAAUGCAGAGUAAAUCACCUGUUAUAGUAUCUAUCUUAAUUCGGUCAUAUUUGAAAUUUUUUAGGGAGUGGACGAGCAGGCUAGAUCUCAGUCUUAUGGAAAUUUGUUAUUUAUGUUUGAAAACUUUGAGGAGAAUUAUACCAGAAGGAUUCGAAUACCCCCAUAAGAACCAAGAUGUUGUAGAAUUUUUUAAAAUCAGUGUGGAACACCUCCAAUUUUUGGUUUCAGAGCAUGAAAAAUAUUCCUCCGAUUUAUUGGAGCGAUAUGUGAAAUGUUAUGGAAAGCUUUACUUUAAUCUUAUAAACAAUAAUCCGACGAGCUUCGUCUUGUUUCCUUGUGCAAAAGAUAUAAUUUUGACAUUCUUGACUCUUUUGGAUCAAACUGCAGAAACAGUAUACAAUAACAAUGAAGAAAAUGACUUUUGGGAAGCAUUAGCAUUAAAGGGUUUUUUGAUUUUGAAAAAGAUCGUGUCAUAUAUUUUUAAAAGGGGAACAAUUACGCUAAAAGAAAGAAAUAUAAAAGAAGAUGUGAAUGCAGCAGUUCGUACCUUAUCUGAUGAUGUAUUUACAUCACAAACAAUUCAGCAUUUAUGUGACCUCAUAAUAAACUGGUAUCUUAGAUUGCGACCAUCCGAUCUUGAAAGUUGGCUUUUAGAGCCAGAGGAAUGGACCAAUGAAGAACUGUCAUCUAGUUGGGAGUACCAGAUUAGACCUUGUGCGGAAAAUUUCUACCAAGACUUGAUAAGUUUUUUAAAAGAAGAUAUCUCUCCCUUUAUUUUGAGCAAAAUAUCAAACGGCUUAAUUGAAACUACUUCCUUAAGUGACAUUUUGACUAAGGAUUCAAUUUUGUGUACCUUUCAGCUCUCUUCGAAUUCUAUUGCUGCGAGUGUCGAUUUCGACAAAAUAUUGAGUGAAGUCCUAAUUCCGGAAGGAUUAAGAAACGACUUAGUGGAAAACAAAAUAUUGAAAAGAAGAAUCUGUUUGGUCAUCGGUGAGUGGGUAUCAGUGAAAUGUUCGAGAGAAAGUAGAAUCGAAAUUUAUCGAUUAUUGAUCGAUUUUUUGAAUAAUCAGAAUACAAGUAAUGAUAAAGUUGUCGAAUUAACUGCAAUUCAAACGCUACGCAAAGUCGUUGAAGAUUGGGAUUUCAAUAAACACGACUUUGAGCCCUAUUUGAAAGAAUUUGUGAAACUAAUGCUUCAAAUUUUAAAUGACAUGAGCUUUACUGAGUCAAAACUUUAUAUUUUAAACACGUUAACUGUUCUUUUGGAGAAAGUUAACCCAUUAAUCGGUCAUCAAAUUUUAUCUAGUAUAUUGGAGAUCGUUCCCCAGCUAUGGGAUAUGAGCUCCUCCGAAAAUGAGCCUAUACUUCAAAAUUCGUUAUUGCGACUUUUGCGGCAACUCGUGAUAGCAUUGAACGAAAACUCUAUCGAUACAUUCAUGAUCUCUCUUCCGCUAAUACGAAAUUGCUGUUCAGAGUCAUCUGGCUCCUAUGCAUUACUUUCAGAAGAUGGCUUCGACUUAUGGUUGGCUGUAUUGCGGUAUUUCCCAGCUUCCAAGCCCAUAACAAAUGAAAUUGAACAAUUAUACAGCUUGAUUCCAAAUGGAGUAAUGAAUUCGACUGAAGUCUUACCUACUUUGCUAUCAAUAAUGAGGAGUUAUGCUUUACUCGCAAGAGGACUUUUUACGAAUGAAGUCACAUUAAACCUUUUCCGGAUACUAUCCGGAUAUUUACCAAAUAUGAGGGAUGAUGCAUUUUCCAUUUUUAUUUCUUUAAUGGAUAUACUUUUUUUGGAAGAAACUGAUGAUGAAAGAUUUGUCAAUAACUUACUAAACAGUGGCUUAUUAAAUGCCCUUUUGAAUUUCGUCUUAGAUGAUGCAAUGCCAAUAGUUUUGGCAAAUAAAGUUUUGGUAGUUCUUGCUAGGCUUGCGACGAAUUCGAGCGGUUUAUUUAUGGAAUAUUUGGCUCAUUUGUCUAUCGAUCAUUUACGUUUUUUUGAAUUAUGGAUGAAAUACUACUCUAAUAAUGGAAAUCCUAGGAACAAAAAGAUUAAUUUGUUAGCGUUCUUAUCUUUAGCUUCUUAUGGAAUUCCAAAGCAUAAUCAAUUUUGGAUGGUGAGCUUUCCAGAAGUAAUUAAACGGACCUUCUUAUUUUUAGAGGAAAUACAGGAAGACAAUGAAGGUAGAUGCCUGGUUUACAACCAGGAUUUCAUUUACGAAGAUAUAGAUGACUUCCGCUACCUAGAUCCUGACAUUCAACCGCAUGGUGAAAAGCGAAGAUAUCAAGAUUUACUCGAUAGACAAGACCCUGUCUAUAAGGUUAACUUGAAAAAAUACCUUUAUGAAAUACUUGAAAAGUUAAAGCUGGAUAUUUCUGAAGCUGAUUUCAAGCAAUUAAUAAUGAUGAAUGACGAAUAUACUAUAGAAAAACUACAAGAAUUUACAUAG